GAAGCAGGAAAAGAGCAACUGGAUGACACACUGUGAGGGACAGAGGGAGGGACUGAAUUACCAUAGAAACUGGUCAGACUGCUCAAAGAAGCAGUAGAAAGAGGUGAAAGCUAAAGUCCAACUGUCAAGGUCACCGGUCGGCCAAACUGCUACAAAACCGAUCACAGCUGAUGUUUGUUGACCUUUUUUAAAAUAACCAGGAAAUGAUGCUGUAUUUUCAACUUGUUGACAUAUAGCUGCACAGCAGUUAAUGCCUUUUUGGAUGUUUUUUUGCGUUUUACUGUCAUCAUUCUGAUGGGUAGAAGAGAGAAAAGGAGCCAUAUGGAGUAAAAAAUCCAUCCCCAGGUGAACAUCCACUCUUCUGAAAUCACCUGAAAACCUACUCUACAGGAUCAAUACCUUUGAACAGUACAAGGAUGACAGAGAAGAAGACUGACAGAAUCCCAACCAUGCAAGCCACAGCCUUGUUCAGCUUCUCCCUUACAUGAAAAUCACUUCAUCCCUUACAAUGUCAUCCAGAGGUGAAGUUCCUCCCAACAUUAGUGUCUCAGUACUCCAAGACUUCCUUCACUCAUUCUCACCUUCUCCCUCCAGCACCCCUCCAUCACCAUCUUGCAGCAUAGAUGAGUCCUACAAGUACAUUUUCCUCCCAAUCUGUUACUCUUUCACUUUCAUUUUCAGUAUUUCCCUUAACUCUGUCAUCCUCUACCGCUCCUUUCGCCGAACCAAGCGUUGGAAUGCUUCGCUGAUCUACAUGGUCAACCUGGCCUCUACAGACUUCAUGUACGGCCUGUCUCUGCCGUUCCUUGUGGCUAGUUACAUCAUGCGUGACCGCUGGGUCUUUGGGGACUUCAUGUGCCGGCUGGUCCGCUUUCUCUUCUACUUUAAUCUCUACUGCUCCAUCUUCUUCCUAACUUGCAUCUCUGUCCACAGAUACCUUGGUAUCUGUCACCCAAUGAAAGUCAUUACACUGGAGACCAAAAAGGCUGUCAAGUGCACUUGUGUGGUAGUUUGGAUUGUAGUGUUUGCUCUAACAUGCCCUAUCUUCCGGUUUGCUCAGACUGGUCACAUGGCAAGAUGGGCAUGGCUUGGUGGAAACGCAAGCAGUAUUGACAACCCAAGCCACGACAUAUCAUUGAUGAAUGAUAAUACCAGCUAUCGUAACUUGGAAGGGGCCAUUGAGGAGUACCAGAACUGUUGGGACGAUGCCAUAGAUAGGGAAUUUCCUGAUUACAUACCCUAUGGCAUCAUACUACAUUUGCUCGGUUUUUUUGUGCCUUUUUCCAUCAUUGCUUGGUGUUAUUCUCACGUUGUUCUGACCAUAUUUAGGACUCUGCAUUCUCAGCCCUUGUCCUGCAGAAUUCAGAGAGAGAAAGGAUGUGCAGGAAUAGAAAUAAGAGAGAGAAGUAGCUCUGCAAUAGUUGGAAGAGGAAGAGGAAGAAGAGGAAGCAAUGGAAUGUCAAGGACACUGGGGAGAGAUGAAGGGAUUUCCAUUUUCCUUGGUGCCCACUCCCCUUAUGCCAAUCGCAGACGUAAAUCUAUCAAGACCAUCAUCACCAUCACCCUUCUGUUUGCUCUAUGUUUCUUCCCCUUUCAUGUUACUAAAACCAUCUUCCUCCUGCUGAAAGUUACCAAGGGCGUCCCCUGUCACACCAUGACCAUGGUCUCCAUGUGCUACAAGAUCACAAGGCCUUUGGCAUCGUUCAACGCAUGGCUCAACGCUCUCCUUUAUUUCCUGACUAAAGACAAGGGAGGAGCUCAUUGCUGCCAGGCAGUAAACACAACCACCCAACAGCAUGGUGGCCUUCUAUUUCCACUGAGGGUGAUGGGGAAAGGAGAGGAUGCAGAGGAGAGAGGAAUGGAAGACAGAUUUGACAAUUAGGAAAAUAAAGCAUUUCACAACAAAGCAAAAGCUAAAUAUAGCUGAAUGAACUUUUUCAUUAGAAAUGAAAAAAUGAGUUUUAGAUACACUGUAGGUUGUCUUUCACUGGAAAAUGAAAUAUUACAUAAUGUAGGCUAUAAUAUGAGCACUGUAGGAAAAACAAUGAUUAAAGACGAUCCAAACAAGUACCCUAUUAUGUGUUUUAUUUCUAAUUUUAUGUACCUAUUGCUGCUCUGCUACAAGUUAUACUUUGGCAAUUUUCUCAGUGGGUAAAUGCAACAUGAAUGCAAAUGUGACCCCCAAUUAUGAAGAUAAUCUGUUAUUUUGUUUCAGGGGGGUGUAUAUUUACCAUGUGUUACGGAUUAAAAGUCCUAUACUAGGAUGACUAAUUUUCUUUUAGAGCCAGAGAACAUAAAGUUGUUUGUACAAUGUACCAUCCAGCCACAACGAA